AUGCGCUCACCUUCCUCGUCGACGACGGUGCGAGCAGCCAACGAUCCCGCCCCAGCAAGUGAGAAUCCGACAACAGCUUCAUUGCGCGUGUCUUUUGGCAUCGAGCUAGAGUUUUUCCUCGCCUGGGCCUACGAGGGUGAGGCGGAUCCAGAUGAAACUAUCGCCAACGAACUUGCUCCCCUUCUGCGAGUUCCCAGAGACCUCAAGCAAGGCUCUAUGCGAGCUGACGUCCCUCUUUACAAACGUACCCCUCUGUCAUAUUGUAAGGAACUUUUACGAGAAACGUUGGCCGGAGCUGGCGUUCCAUGCCGCCUCUGGGACACGAGUCUUUAUCCUCCAGAUUCAAUACAGAAACGACAGGUAGAAUGCAACAAGACGGAGUAUACCUCGUUCAAUAUCAUUGGGGAAAGCACGCUGAAAGAAUUUGAGAACAUGGAUGGCUAUCGAGUGGUUGGCGUCGAGCUUGUAAGUCCUGCUAUGUACGACCGCGAGAAUAGCUUUGACCUGAUCCGCCUUGCAGUCUCUACCCUAACGACGAACUUUCGAUGUCGUGUAAAUCAAUCGUGCGGCUUUCAUGUGCACGUCGGUGCCGGGAGAGAGAAGCGCAUCGAUCCCAGGACUCUCCGACGGUUCGGUGCCCUCAUCUGGGCUGCAAGUCCGCUCCUGAGCCAACUCCAUGCGCCAGACAGGGCUGUCCAUGAGUGGUCACAGAAUGUAAGAGAUUGCUUAGGCACUGACAUCAGCCGCGCCAACGGAUCUGCCGCUUCUUUGUGGCGUUCUGAGUUCUGCUUCGAUGUGGAUGACGCGGAGACUAGACAAAUCGCAAGGGCUUGUGGUCGAGAUCGAUGGCUUGGGGAAAGCUUUGAACCUGAAGAUGAACAAGAUGGGGGGCUAGGUCCCUCAGACAUAGCAACGAGUGAGAUGGGGGAACCAGGACGGCACUGGCAGGACACGCUGUUCAUGAACCCAAAACCAGCCAACGCAGAAGACCUGUCACAUCGAGAUCCCCCUAACAUCGAUUAUAAAUACCCAGAUUCCAAACCGCGAGUCUUCAUGUUACAACAACGACUCGAUGCCUCUGUUCCUCCCCGCCCCCGCCAUCCCCCCUUCGAACGACGAAUCGCCCAUGUUCCCCUUCGUUCGCCGCCUCAGCGGAACCCAAACGUCAUCGCACGUGCCGAACCCUGGAUUGACGCCUUCCAUGCGUCCAUGCCACAAAAUAUGGAGCGUCCUACGCGUCGCGACGUUAUGUCCGGCGUCCGCGAGACCCUUUCAGCUGAUCUACUAAGCGGGCUCGUCGGUCGUCUCUACGGCGACGUCUACAAGCACACAGCAUACAACUUUAUGAAUUACUCACUUGAAAAUUACAGAACGCUCGUUCCCGAAGAAUCCACAACGGUCGAGCUGCGCGAGGCCGGUGGCACUCUCGACCCCGCGUGA